AUUGUUUCCUGAGCCCCUCAGACCAACAUGGACUCGGUCCUGGACCCGUUCUCUGCGCUGCACGCUCUGUCCUCCCCUCCGUACUUCGAUGAGGACGAGUUCUUCACGGACCAGUCCUCCAGAGACGGACACUUGGACACGAAGGACUUCCUGGACGAGGACAUGGACUUCCUGACCUCUCACCUCCAGGACUAUUACAGCAGAGACGGAGGAGGCCGAGCGGAGGGAGACCUGGACCUCAACGACCUGUCCUUCUCCUCCUCCUCCUCCUCCUCCUCCUCCUCGUACGGCUGCACCUCGGACCUGUCCCCUCACAUGGGCCGGUCGGGUCUGGCUCUGAAGCGCCGGCGGCUCCGCUCCGAGGUGGAGCUGCAGCAGCUGCGGCAGGCCGCCAACGUGCGCGAGCGCCGGAGGAUGCAGUCCAUCAACGAGGCGUUCGAGGGUCUGCGCUCCCACAUCCCGACGCUGCCCUACGAGAAGAGACUGUCCAAGGUGGACACGCUGCGCCUCGCCAUCGGCUACAUCAACUUCCUGGCCGAGCUCGUGCAGUCCGACCUGCCCAUCAGAAACUCCAGCAGCGACACGCACGCGCAGCCCAAGAAAGUCAUCAUCUGCCACCGAGGAACAAGGUCCCCCUCUCCCAGUGAUCCGGACUACGGUCUGCCCCCCCUGGCGGGCCACUCUCUGUCCUGGUCCGACGAGAAGCAGCUCCGGGACCACAACAUCAUCCGGACCGCUAAAGUGUGGACCCCGGAGGAUCCGCGGAAACUGCACGGCCCGGUGGGCCUGACGGACAUAGAGAACGAGCCUCCCUUCAGCCUGGUGGCCUGACCAGAACCGGGCCGACUGGGUCCGGUCCUGCUUGGGUCUCUCAGUGUGUUUCCAGUUUUAUCAUGUUGAUAAUUGUAAUUUUUUUUCUAUAAUUCAGGCAAUCAUGUAUUUAUUUCUGACAUGUGAUAAUUUAUACAGAAGAAAAAGUCUAUAUUUUAAUUUAUGAGAGAAAAGUUUUUUAUUUUUCUGUUGUGAAAAUAAAAACACCUGCUGAUAAAAA